AGCCAGCAAACUCCAUUCAUCUCUGCUUCAGCCAUCAACGACAGAAGAGGAGGAGGAGGAGGAGGAGGAGAGACCCGCAGACGAUGCUGCGUGCGCAACUCUCGUCUGGAGUCGCUACGACGGGACCGCAAUCAAGAGAUAAAUAGCGACCAUAUCUAUUUAUUUUACAAUAUUAAGGCUCUUAUUUCAUUGUUAAUUGAGACGGAGCGGCCCGAAGAUACAGGCGCUAAUGCAUCGGUCUACUUGAAAGCACUGUCCAGAAGAAUAAUGGAUGAGAUCUCAAACUGAUGUUGGAUGAGCUGUAUCAACGUUUGUGAUGGAAGGUAAUGAUAACGUGCCUGUAACUGCAACCCAGCCGCAGACGGAGGUGUGCAGCAGUGAGGACGGAAGAGAAGACCUCAGCAAACUGGGAGAUGGAGCAGAUCCACUCAUUGCUGAUUCAUGUGACGGCAACGUGAUGGGACUGAACAAAGCCGGACUCGUUAAUCAUGCGGACAACCCCACGCCAUCGGUGGUGAGUCCCACGGCUGAGUCUGCGGGAGGAGUCUCUCUGAAAGUCGCUACAACUGUGCUCCACCCGGUGUGUCUAGGAGAGAGUCCUCUGAUGCUGCCCAUCCACCUCCAGAUGGCCGGAGCGACCGGGCCUCAGCUUGGCCAAAUGGGGGCAGCGCCGUACUUGAUAACGAGCCAAAGUCCGGUUUCACUCCCACUGGUUUUGGACCAGCAGGUUCUUCAACACAUGAGUCCCUCUGUGAUCCCUCAGAGCGCUAACUGUGCACCGCUGCCGCUCCAGAACAACGCACUGUGCCAGAAUCCUCUGACGUUUGGUUUACCUCCAGCUGUCGACCCGAAGGCGGCUGGACAGGUGCAGGAUGCCAACCUGCUCUCUCUUCUGCAGAAUCCGGCAUUUGCAGCCAUUUUGCAAGAUCUCUUCCCUUCCCAGGCAGGUUCCUCAAACUGUCAGUCUCCAAGCUCUUCCUUCUUGCCCCUCCCGCCCCUCACACCUCCUUACGCCUCCCCUCUGGCCCCUUUGGUUCCUCCUGCCACCCUCCUAGUCCCCUACCCGGUCAUCAUUCCCCUUCCUGUGCCUCUCCCUGUCCCUCUCCCUAUCCCCAUCCCUGUCCCUCAGACUGAGGACUCAAAGGGGAACAUGCCAAAACCAGUUUGCACUGUGAGUAAAAGCACUCAGACGUCACCUAAAGAUACUACCUCUCCCUCAUUGUCUUCAAGAAAAUGCAUGCCACCAUUCCAGCCACAAAAUGCAUCCCCGUCCUCUCUGCCUCUGGAGGAGGGACACGUUCUGGACCUCUCUGUCAGGGCAUGUCCAAUUGAACCAAAACAGGAAUAUUCCAGUCCACAGCAGGACAACGUGCUGGACUUAUCGGUGCCUGGUGUGAGGAAAAAGUGUGUCCAGUCAGACAGACAGGUAACUUUCCAGUCAGGUCCAGACACAAGCGGCCCUGCUUUGUCUCUGGGUGUUGAAUGUACUCAGAGUUUAGAUUCCAAACUCCUGGGCAGCCUCGCGUCCCUGGAGUUCAGCCGGCAGCACAAGUGGCUGGUGGACACCAGUGGUGCUGGAUCUAGCUCUCUAGGUCAAGAGGCAUCACUCAGCGGAGCCGGAAAUCUUGAGAUAGUCAGCACCUCGCAGACGGCCAAGGUCAUCGUCUCUGUGAAAGACGCAAUCCCCGCCAUCCUCUGUGGGAAGAUAAAAGGUCUUUCCGGAGUCUCCACCAAGAACUUCUCCAUCAAACGGGAUGGCAGCCAAGGGGCGUCCCUACAGCAUCUCUACGGGGUCCCGUCAGUGUCUCAAGGGGAGCAGCAAGACCCAAACAACCCUCACAAGAAGAUCUCUAAAAACAGAGCUAUAAAACUGAAGAAGGUGAGCUCACAGGAGAUCCACUUCCUUCCUAUUAAGAAACAGAGACUCGCUGCGUUGCUUCCCAGGAAGUGACAACGCUCACCACAUGAAACACACCAGGAGACAUUCUGUGAUCAAAAUCAACCACUUUUUCAUCCAAUCAGAGGGCAGAUUGGCUCUAAAAAUCUCUGAUAGUGUGACACAGAAGUUACCCAAUAGACUUUUCUGAAUGGUUUUGUUUUUUUGAUAAUGUGCUAGCUUACAGCAUCAUGCUAAAACAGAAAUGUUUCUGUCAGUGUUGUGUAAGGCAGCUUCAUUGGUUCUUUGUGUCUUUGUAUAAACAGAAAAGGUGAAGAAUAUUGUUUGACUCUGUAGUUACAGCAAAGACACACAGGAUCCAUCCUUCCAUUAAAUUUUUAUGUAAGAGCACUGAACAGCUAAAAAAAAAAAAAAAAAGAAGAAGUUUACUGAGAGAUGACGUGACCGAGACUGUUAAAACGUUGUCCCACUGUUGGAAAUCCACACAAUCAUUAGUAGCUCACCGAAGUGAAUUCUUCUUUCCAUAUUUAGUUGUUUGGCUUGGCAUAACUGGUUUAACCUCUUCUUGACUAGAACCCCCCCCCCACGUACCAGAAGAUGUGUGCAGUAUAGAAGAUCUUUGGACACGCUAGGAAGCAUCAAUCGUAACGUGUAGCAUACCACAAUGACAGGGAGUUGUAGGAAUUCAAACCGCUAGCGAUUAUAUGAGAAUGUAAGAAAAACAUGAGAACAUCACUGUCCAGUUCAGAGCUUCUGCUAACUUCUCCACUUCAAGCAAACCACACAAACAAGGUGUCACAUGAAAGCAGAGACUGCUGAUUACAAAGAGGUCUGUCUCAAGAAAAACUCUCAGAGCUGGCAGCCAAAGAGUAGCAAACACAAAAUCAUCAUCCACCAUAAAUUAUGUCUUACUUCAGCUGUUAUCUGGUCAAAGUUUUUAUUCCAAGUCCAAAAAAAACUCUGCUAGUAUCUUCUCUGUGGCUGUCUUUGUUUGAAAUAAACCAUGAAGGUCCUGCUAAUUUCCAUGGAGAUGAAGAAGGUUUAUAGUGAAUUAUUCACUCUUGCCAUCAUAAACUAUCUUGGGCUUCACUUCUUGCUGGAUCCUCAUGGUGUUUCUAAGGUGAAUGUGGGGGCUAUCCCUGGAUUCUCCUGACUCUGACCAUUGAUAGAGGUGUUCAACAUCAACAUCGGCUGAUGGCUUCCUGAGAUAUUUUACCUGCGUAACACCUCCAUUAAAACAUCUGUAAAACAGCUCCGGUUCACUUUAUAGCUUCUACUUUUGCACAAUUCCUCAUCAGACAUUACUUUACUCAUUCUUAGACGAAUAGGGCUGCUAUCCUCUGGUUUUCACAGAAAAUAAUGUGGUUUUCUUUUAGGAGGAGAUAAAUAUUUACAUUUUACUCAAACACAGUAACAUAUGACUUGAUUCUGAGACUUCUGUAGUAAUCUCACAUCUCAGCUUUCUUUUGAGACCAAGAUUACCUAUACAUCCCUUGUAGUUGUGAAGAUAUGCUUAAUUUAUUUUGCGUAUCUAAUUUCAGGCAGCAGGCAGAAAAAAAGGCCUAGUCAAGAAGAGGUUAAUAAAAACUAGCCAAAGACCAGAACCACAGUUGCCACCGUUGUCACUGCAACAAAACCCAGAAUUUAUAGUUUAACAGCAGCAGCUUUCAUAUUGUUUUCACAUGUAAACAGAUCUGUCUGUUAAGAAUAGCGAGCGUUACAGAUUCCAGUCAUUUUAGUUGACGGCUGAAUCAGCCAAAGCUUAAAAACGCCUCAAAGCAAGUGUGUAAAACACUGUGAACCCCCCUACACACACACACACACACACAGAGAGAGAGAGAGAGUUCUGUUAAACUAUUAAGUGAAUCUAGGUGGAAAUUUCAUUCAUGGAGAGGAAAUGAAGUGAA